AUGAGGUACUCCAUCGUUUCUCUCCUCACCCUCGCCUUGGGCGCACUCGCUGUGCCCAAGACUGAGAUCAAGUCUUAUGAUGGCUACAAGGUCUUUCGGGUAAACACCCACGGCAAAUCCGCCAUCAAAGAGAAGCUCACUCCUGUGACUUUCGACGAGUGGGAGCAUGGCUACCAGCACGUUGACAUUGUCGUCGCGCCCAAUGACAUCAGCGCCUUUGAGAGCCUGAAGCUUGACUACACCACUUUGCACGAGAACCUCGGUAAUUCAAUCACGGGUGAAAGCGUCUCGCGCAAGAAAUGGAAGCGUCAGGCAGAUGAUGAUUCAUGGUUUGAUGAGUUCCACAACUAUGAGGAUCACAUCGACUACUUCCGCGACUUGCAGGCGCAAUUCCCUAAUAACUCAAAGCUGGUGUCGUCGGGUAAAUCGUACCAGAAGAGGAAUAUUUAUGGGCUUCAUCUUUGGGGUGAUGACGGUCCUGGAAAGCCUGCUGUGCUUUAUCAUGGAACUGUUCAUGCCCGAGAAUGGAUCUCCGGCCCUCUCGUCAAGGGCUUCAAGAGCGGCGAUGAAGAUGUCAAGACUUAUCUGAACAAAUACGACUUUUACAUCUUUCCCUUUGUCAACCCCGACGGCUUUGUCUACUCUACCACCGCUGAUCGUCUCUGGCGCAAAAACCGUCAACCUCCUCCCGCCACUGCAGCCAAUCAAUCUUGCUACGGUCGCGAUAUCAACCGUAACUGGGAAUUCGGCUGGGACUCCAACAAGCGCGGUGCUUCUACGGAUCCCUGCUCCCAGGUGUAUCGCGGUGAAAAGCCCGCCGACACCCCAGAGAACCAGGGUCUCGAUAAAUUCGUCCGUCAGCUUCGUGACACUGUAGGCAUUGCGCUGUACAUAGACUGGCACAGCUACGGACAGUAUAUCCUCUCUCCCUUCGGAUACAAGGAAGAUCUGUACGCACCUGAGCUUGGAAAGUGGACCAAGGCCGCUGCGUUGGUGAGUGAGGCCAUUCGCGAGAGCACAGAUGAUCACACGACGUAUACUUUUGGACCUAGCGGUGCUGUUUUAUACGUGACUACUGGCGCAGCUCCUGAUCAUGUUUAUAGUGUUGGAGGAGCCAAGUUCUCGUAUACUAUUGAGCAGCGCGAUACCGGUGAGAAUGGCUUUGUUCUCCCACCUGAGCAGAUUCGACCGAAUGCUGAGGAGCAGUGGGCGGGCCAGAAGGUGCUGCUGUCGCUGUUGGAUGAGACGUUCUUUGAUGGAAAGGGACCUGCUCUCUACCAGGGACAGACCUAG